UACCGACUGAAUAUUGAUUAUAAAAUUAGAUUUUACAAAACCAUAGCAACAUAUGAGUUUAUAUACAAUGCACGUUGUCAACUUUUGAAAACAAUUUCUAAAUGAAAGAAUUUCAAUAUUAGAAUUUAUCUCAUCAACAAGAGAAUAUUACAUAAAUGUCUGAUUACGGCGAAAUACCUCAAACCAACAAUGAAUUAGUUAAUGAGAAGGAGGAAUUUUAUAAUACUUUUACGAAUGAUGGUGAUAAAGACAGUUUUUCUUCAUUGGAAUUCAACACAGACAAUUACUCGGGAAAUUUUAAUACUGCAAGCGAAAGUAGUUCAAGUUUUGGAAGAUUGAGUAAAUAUGCUAUUUAUGAUGGUACAGUUCUGAAUAAAACAUUCAAUGAUAAUCGUUUAAGAGAUAUUGAAAGAGACAAUUCAAUACUCAUGUCAAAAAUUUUAUCUAAAUCUAAAAGACCAAAGCAAUAUAAAAUAUAUGAACAACCACAAAUUAAAUCCAGUUUUGAUAUAAAUAGAAGGAGAGCUCAAGCUAAAAUUGAAUAUGAAAAUAAAAUUUUGCUCAAGAAGAUUCAAGGGGCCAAGCCAGCUGUGAAAAAAUGAUGUAUACAUGAUUUUGGGAAUAAAAUAUUCAUUAUUCAA